UGACCCCGCGUAUGUCCGUUUCUUCGACGAUGUUUUAUGUAUAAAGUGAUUGUGAUUACUUGAUUUCAUCGGCUAUGUUUUGAUCAGCUUACAAGCAGUUUAUGUUGUCAUAUUACUUUGAUUAUUUGAAUGCAACUACCGAUAUUCUUAUCACUCACCUAGGCCUAGCCCAAAGGUGCCCAAGUUGAACAUAUUGUGUUGUUGGGGUAUGCUACUCUGUUAAAACAUGAAUGAUUGGUAAUGAUCCCCUUCCAAAGAUACUGUAGGUUUUCAACAUGGGAUAUUGCAAUAUCCGAAUUUCUAUGUCUGUUACCAUAGUGAUCGCUUGGCGACAAGAUGGACAGUCUGCAUGUGGUUGAGCAAGUAGAGAUGCAGGUGGAAACUCUGGAUUCAGAACAUGCCAACGUGCAGGAGGUAGUGGAUGAAUCCGUGCAGGAACACCAGAUAGUUCACAUGACGUCAGAAGGCGACAUGCAGGUGUCGGAGGUUCAAGAAAUUCACCCAGGUGUGGAACAGGUCACUGUUCAGCAGGUUCAGAUUCAAGGUGGAUUACAACAAGUACAACAGACGCACCAACUUCCUAUCCUUCAACAGGUUGUAGUAACAAAUCCGCAGCAGAUCGUGCAAGUGACAUCUGAACAUGGGAACGUCGCAUCUCCACAUCAGAUCACUGUACAAGCAGGCCCUCAUCCUGUAGAGGCAUACAAAGUUCAACAGGUCAGUGUUAAUCAACAGACAGUUGACCAUAUCGUGAAGAUCCCAACAACAGUCGCUGGGCUAGACCAUCAGACGAUGGAACGAUUAGCCAAGCUACGUGAUGAGGAUUUGAUGAUCAAAAGCCCAGGGACACAAAAGUACUCCCCACAGAGGCCUGUGGAAUAUUGUGUUGUUUGUGGUGACAGAGCCUCUGGACGUCACUAUGGUGCGAUCAGCUGCGAAGGAUGCAAAGGUUUCUUCAAGAGGUCGAUCCGCAAGAGUCUGGGCUACACGUGCCGCAGCAACAAAGAUUGUCCGAUCAACAAACAUCACAGGAACCGGUGCCAAUACUGUCGCUUACAAAAGUGCCUCACCAUGGGCAUGAAACCAGAUUUGCAAUCCAAAUUACAUCCAUUUACUCCAGCUGUCCAGUGUGAGAGAACACCUCUGAAGCAAAGGGAGAAGUCCCCUGGAAACUGUGCCGCUUCCACAGAUAAAAUCUACAUCCGCAAGGAUCUUCGAAGCCCGCUGGCAGCUACGCCAACGUUUGCACCAACAGAUAAACCAGUGACAUCGCGGACUGGGUUGUUCGACCAAGGCAUUCUGAUAAAUGUACCAACAAGUUCAACGCCGCAGCUUAGCACGGAAACGACAACCACUGACUUGAGCACGCUGGCAAGUGUGGUCACUUCACUGGCAAACAUGAACAAGAAGGGUGAGACGGGCUCAGCUAUUGAUGGUCUGGAGGAAGAGAUGCUUGUGGUAUCAAACGGUGAGGCUGGUGGAGAUAUCCAAGCGGGAGGGGAUAAAUCUAAUAUCAGCAAGGCUUUUGAUACGUUAGCGAAGGCAUUGAAUGCCCAAUCAGAAAAUGCAGAAGGCGGUGCUUCGUCGGAUUCUGGGGCUGGAGUUUCUUUCAAUGGUGCCUCAACUCAAUCAGAUGAUCAACCUCUUGUGGACUUGGAAGGUGCUAUCUUAAAUGAGUCACACAUGCAGUUUAAAUUGACUACCCCCUCCCCCAUGCCUCAGUUUCUCAAUGUCCACUACAUCUGCGAGUCUGCAUCCAGACUGCUCUUUCUCUCUAUGCACUGGGCUAGAAGCAUUCAAGCAUUUCAAAUUAUGGGGAGUGACUGUCACACAGCAAUGGUACAGAAGUGCUGGAGUGAGUUGUUCACUUUAGGUCUCGGCCAGUGUUCCCAAUCGAUGGCUCUAUCCACCAUCCUCACAGCCAUUGUGAAUCACUUACAAACCAGUCUACAGCAAGAUAAGCUUUCGGCAGAUCGUGUGAAGGCAGUAAUGGAGCAUAUUUGGAAGUUGCAAGAGUUUGUCUCGACUUUAUCCCGGUUACAGGUUGACUCAAAUGAAUAUGCAUACCUGAAGGCCCUAGUGUUGUUUAGCUCAGAUCACCCAGGCUUACCGAACCCAAAACAGAUCAACUUGUUUCAGGAGAGAGUAUUGAAGGAGUUUCGGGAAUACGAGGGCAGCACGUAUCCCAACAACCCAGACCGUUUCGGCAAGUUGAUCAUGCGGCUUCCAAGUCUCCGGUUACUCAGCCCCACCAUCAUGGAAGAGCUCUUUUUCGCAGGUCUUAUUGGAAACGUGCAAAUUGACAGCAUAAUCCCGUACAUUUUGCGUAUGGAAACAACGGAUUAUAACGCACAGAUAACACUAGCUGUCUCCACCUGAGUGCACCCUCACUUGCAUGUACGGCCACCUCAAUUCUAGCCUUGGGUAGCUCUGAUAUUUGGCCGCGGAAAAUAUUUUCAUCCAUCUAAUCAAGAAAGGAAUUUUAUCUCUCGCGCUGGCUAUCCAUUUUACCUGUUAGGGGUUCAAGACAUCGCCUAGAAUCCAAUUUUUGGCCGUACAAUGUUAGCUCAGGAGUUUCGUCCUAAGCUGGAACACUAUAUUUGCCGUAUAGACUGAACACAGGAUUUAAACAACGGCAUCUUAUAAUGUAUAUUGUUACUUUCUGUCAGUGCUUGUGUUACCAUAGGUUUACUUUCAAGUAGGUUUUAGUCCUGUAUAUUUGAUCAGCGUGGUUAAACCACAUUAUGUUCUGACUGUUUUUAAUGUUGAUGUAUUAUCCUUAUCAUGUUUUUUUUUCGUUGGAUCAAAGGUGGUGGUAAUGUUUUAGAAAAUAGGGUUGGGUAUUGAAGAGUGCCCUCAAGGGCAAAGUGUUGUUGCAUGAACAUUAUGUAAAUGAUAGUUUGCUAAAUUUGUUUAUCUAUAUUAUAUAUAUAAAAAUGCAGACAAAAUCUUUAAAUUCCGCUCCUUAAAAAACUAGUUAGCUGUUUCUUACAUUAAUUAAAAUUCGUUUACAGGUACGUGAUUUUUAAAAAUUUUCAAUUUCGUUCUUAUUCCAACUCACAUGUAAUUUUGAUUUGCUCUAGACAUUUGAGAGGUGUUAUGUAAUGGUUUGUCAUCUAUUAAUACAUUUCAUUACAGUGGAUUGUAAUUAGCUGGCUUUGAUUUUUAAGGCUACUCUAUGUAAUGAACCACAAGUUACUAUACCAUACUCAUUUUGCAUAUAAUACUCAAUGCACAUAUCUAGAGCUCAUUUCUAAUGUAUUUUUUACUGAUAGUAGUAAUAAUAUUUAAGCAUUUUUUCAAUUACUGGUCAGCUACACUAUUAUUAGCAACAUGUGUAAAUACUGUGUUGAUUUUAUGCUAAACAUUUUUCUAUUAUUAGCAACAUGUGUAAUGUUACUAUUAUUAGCAACAUGUAAAUGUUAUGUUAAUUUUAUGCUAAACAUGUCAGCUACACAUACAUAAAAAAAUUGGAUGAUGUUACAAUGACUAGAUUGUCGGAUGGACAUUCCAUUAAGUAUCCUCCAGUGGGUGAUAUGUGAUGAUUUCAACAAUUGUGUAUUCCAAUUCUUCUAUAACUUGAUGUGUGACUAUUAUUACUAUAGUAAUAAUCAUCAGCCAUUCUUGUCAUCAGUGCAGGCCAACAGCCCUGAAGCUCCUACCUCUCUGCUUUUUCUGCACCUUAAAGGCCAAUGACAUCCUACCUCUCUUUAAUUCUGUGCCGUUCAGGCCAGUGCAGGGUGAAAUAAGCCUUUUGAAGAUCGUAUCUGUGCCAUAUCAGGCCACUACAGAGUAACAGCCCACUCAAACUUGCCCUCUUUUGCACUUCUCGCAUCCAAAUCAAUCAUUCUUGAAGCAAUCAUAGAGAGUAUGUUAUUAGUAACUUGGAAUUUGAUGUCACCAAGUUGUAUAAACAGCAUAAUCUCCUUACGACCUUUUACAUGCAAUUGGUUAUCUUAUCUUUUAUGUACUGUACCUUCACAGUUUCACCAGGAAUAAAUUGUCAUGUAGUUGCACAUAGACAGUGACCAGUGGGUGAUGUUGAGUAUCAAGGCAAAUGUAUUAACAUACAUAUUAGAAGUAUAUGGUUUCAGUGGCAAAAUUGGCUGAAUAUCAGUUGCACUCAGUUAGUUAAAUAUCACCAAAUAUCACCUGAUUGUACCAGCUAAUUCCCCCAUGCUUUAUCAUCGAGCCUUUCCCACUUAACCUUUGCACCCAUCAGAGCUUGAAGUGUAAUAACGUUCUAAAAUGAUAAUGCCCUAAUCCUCAACAUGGUCAUUGAGCAUGGAAAUAAGAGAUGGGUGUACUGUAUUAAACCAUGAAAGUUUAAUUGAUAAACUUGAUAGAUAUGCUGCCCAAUUCAUGCUACAAAUAUUAUAUAAUUGUAUUCCAUUGGAAUUUGUUGUGUAUGUUCUGUAUUUUCUUUUAUAAAUAGUUGAGAUGUUACAAUAUACUGUAGAAUAAUUAUGUUAUAUAUACUUUAUUUUCGCAUUGUUUUCUUUUGUAAUUACCGUCCUAGAAACAAUGUCUGUUUUUUUUUUUUUAGUGUAACCUAUCAUCAAUAUCUGUGCUGCAUGUAAAUUUUAAAAUAGAACUGUCUUCAGACACUGAAUGAAUGUCAUAUACUAAUAAUGCACCUGACAUUUGAAUCCUCUUCCCCAGACACUGGGCUAAGGGUGCUUAGCUGGGAAUGUAUCUUUCGAAAAUGUUAUAUUACAAGUCCAGACCACCGAACAGCAAUGAGAUGAGAGGGCAUCAUUUUAACAUAUUUUCUUGGCCCAGUCUCAGGUUUUUACAGUAUAAAUUUCUGAAAUACUUGCUACUCAUUUUAAAUUCCAGCCUUCUCUAUCUCUUCUUCAGUCCUAGAUAUAUCCCUGCACUACGGGGACACAAAUAUCUGUACUUCUCCUGCUUAGUCCUGGCUAGUGCCCCUCUAAUGCGUAAAUCCGAGGCCCAGGAUUAAAUUGACAUAACGGUUUUGGCGGGGAAGUAACUCUCUCGCAACUUUCAGAGCCUUUGUGGAAGUUUUUUUUUUCUGGACAGUUUUUGAUGUUUGAGUUAAAUUCUAAUCAGUUAUUAUUUAUUGAACGAAUUGUAAAAAGAUUUUUUCGUUUGUGCUAGCCAGAAAUAGUACUGCAUGUCAAAGUAACAUAAAUUGCACCUCCAGAUUAUUUUGAAUUGAAUUUUCUUACAUCCAUUUCUAAUCACAUGAUGAAAUUUGACUUGUCAUUCUGCAUAUAUAUAUAUUUAAAAAUGCCGCAUUAUAAGUGUUUAUUAUUGUAGGAAUCAACACAUGGGAUCAAUUCAAAUUUACAAAUUUAUCUUUUCUGGUUUUAACAGUUUUGAUGUACAAAUGCUUCCAUUUGCCAAUAUAUAUGGGACUAUAAUUGUAUGAUUCUGAGAGGGAGUAUUUGGGGUAUUUAAUCCAGAGCCAUAGAUAGAAAGAGUUACGACAUUGAGAAUUUAGAAGCCAUUCUGUGUCCAACGAGAACCGCGUUCUCUGUCCAACAUGAUCCGCAUUCUAAUUAUAAUUUCUAUGUAAUUACAUGUAAUUCGCAUUUAAUUAUCAAGCAGUAUUCAAAUUCUAAAGAUAAAUUCUAAUCACGCUUUUGAUAUUAAAUAGUUAUUAAUUAUAUAAUAUCAAAAAUGCAAUUAACAUUUGUAUGUGUUCAAGAUUUGGACACAAAAAUUGACGGUGUGUACCACGUGACUUUCGCAAACCGAGGAGCGGAAUGUUGCAACUCUUUAUAUAUAUGGCUCUGAUUUGAUAUAAAAAAAAAAAAAAUUGUAAAUGUCAUGAUUCUAAAUGUCCUGGUGAUGGGUUGCCUUACUAUUAGUGCUGCUGAUUUUAUUUGGGUUUUUAAAUGACAUCUGUAUAAUGGGUUUAUUUGAAAAUAAUGACAUUACUCUUAGGUUUGUAAAUAAUUUUGGAUGUUGCUGAAAUAGUAACACAUUAGUUAAAAAAAAAAAGCCUCUAGAUAUUUUGUUAUCGUGAUCACCAUUAGAGUUCUAUCUACUCUAUUUCUGUGACAAAUAUCUUGCUUGCCUAUGUUUGUGUGUGAUGUGGCAUCAUCCUGCCUAUAUAUGGUGUGAUGUGACAUCAUCAUGCCCAUAUAUAGGCAGGUCAUGCAAAUAUGUCACAUAAGCCUUUGACAGUGUGGACAAAGCUUUUUCUGUCCAGACUAUCAAAUUUUAUCUUACAAACACAUGCGACAUGUCUAAAUAUGGUCAUGAUGACAUCACAUCACGACCAUAUAUAGGCACAUCAUGACUAUAAAUGGGCAUACAACAGUUUUUUGUCAUCUCUCAUUGUAUACUACUAUAGAAUUUACAUCAUCUGUAGUUUAGAGUAUCAUUACAUACUGGUACUUGGCUAUAUGAUGACAUCAUUGUAUAAUAUUCGUUAAUGACAUCAUUAUAUGGUUUACUAUUUGAUGGAAUUGUAUAGUUUGCUGUUUGAUGACAGUAUAGUUUGAUGACAUUAUAUAGUUGGCUGUUUGAUGACACCAUUAACUAUUUAAUGACACUUAUAUUAACAUUAUAUAGUUUGCUAUUUAGUGACAUUGUCUGCUAUUUAAUGACAAUUUGUAUUUGAUGACAUAGUCUGCUCUUUUGACACACUACUAGGCCUGCACUAUACAGUUAGUCGGCUAUUUGAUGACAUCAUAAUGUAAGUUCUAUAUUGAUGACAUAGUCUAUUUGUUGACUUAAUUAUAUACCCUCUAUUGAUUGAUAUUGUUAUUGUUUUAUUUGAUGAAAUUAUUUCAUAAUGCUAAUUGAUAGCAUUACUUUAAAUUGUUAUUUGAUGACAUCAUUAUAGUUUGCUAUUUAAUGACAUCAUUAAAUAGUCUGCCUUUUGAUGUCAUAUCCUACUGUUUGAUGACAUCAGUAGUUUGCUAUUCGUUUAGUGACAUUAUGUUGUAUGCUGUUAGGCGCAGUUUGUCAGAUUUGAGCAAAGUGAUGUAAAUAUGUUGGAUAAGACUCUACUCAAGGUAUUUUUGAAAAAUGGUAAUAAAAUGUCAUUUACAGAUAUUAAUUAUAGGUAUUCAAUUAGUGAUGUAGACUGCAGUUAUUUCAGUUGUUUUCAUUGUGAAAUUAAUUACGAUGUGUAAUUUUAAAAUUUGCAAUGUUAAAUGAUAGGUUAUGUCUAAACCGAUGAAUGUUCUUAAAAAUAUCCUUCCACAGUUUGAUUUUGUUGCGCAAAUUUGAAAAACUGCGCAUAACAAACAUGCUGAUUUGAGAUCAUCUUUGUACAGUAGUUUACAAAUUUAUAAGAUCGUAAUUUAGUCAGCUGAUUGAUAACAUCAUUCUACUCUACUAGUUGAUGACAUAAUUAUGUAGUCUGCUUUUAGAUGACAUCAUUAAUUUACUGUUUUAUGACAUUAUCAAUAGUCCACAGUUUGAGAAUUUAUGUUAGAGGAUGACUUGACUGUAUUAUUGAUGUUGGCUGAUUAAUGGCAUCAUGGUUGUUGAUGUCAAUCUGUAGUAUGGUUAAGAUGUGAAUCUUUUGUAUGUCUCUGUUAUUGCAAUACUGCUGUGCUCUGGCUUCUCAAUAAAAUAUCUGAUACUACUGA